GGAGCUUUUAUAAAGUCAUCUAUCACGUGGUCUGUUCAUUCAGUGUAGAAAAUACAAGUGAAAGAGGUGUUAUACAUUUUGUAAGGAAAAUGGGGAAGUUGAGCUGUGCUGGUAUUCUCAUCCUUGGUUUUUUGGGAUUUCUGGGCCAUGCUGAAGCUACUCUGAAAAUGGGAUUUUAUGAUCAGAGCUGUCCGAAAGCAGAGAAGAUCGUAUCAGACUAUGUAAAGCAGCAUAUCUCUCGAGUACCGUCGUUGGCAGCGCAGCUUCUGAGAAUGCAUUUCCAUGAUUGCUUUGUGCGGGGCUGUGAUGCAUCUGUUCUGUUGAAUUCAACUUCAAACCAAGCAGAGAAGGAUGCAGUUCCGAAUCGAACGCUCCGAGGAUUCGAUUUCAUUGACCGUGUGAAGAGCUUGUUAGAAGCCGAGUGCCCAGGCAUUGUUUCAUGCGCUGAUAUCGUUACAUUGGCGACAAGAGAUGCAAUUGUAGUGACUGGUGGACCAUCUUGGCAGGUCCCCACCGGUCGAAGAGAUGGGACAGUGUCGAAUGUUUCGGAAGCCUCAAACGAAAUCCCUGCUCCAAAUUUCAAUUUCAGUUCUCUGCAAUCGAAUUUCGCUAGCAAAGGUCUUGAUGUGCAAGAUUUGGUUCUGUUAUCUGGGGGUCACACAAUCGGCAUCGCUCACUGUCCAGCAUUCAGCGCCCGGCUCUACAACUUCACAGGAGUAGGCGAUGAAGACCCAUCUCUAGACAGUGAGUACGCCGCAGUUCUUCGUAGGAACAAGUGCAGAACACAGACUGAUAACACCACAUUGGCCGAAAUGGACCCGGGCAGUUUCAGGACGUUCGAUCUUAGCUACUACCAACUUCUACUGAAGAGACGAGGUCUGUUCGAGUCCGAUGCAGCUCUGACCACAGACAGCACCUCCAGAUCUUACAUUCUCGAACUCCUUAAUGGCCCACUUUCAAAGUUCUUUGAGGAGUUUGCACUGUCCAUGGAGAAGAUGGGCCGCAUCGAAGUAAAGACGGGAUCGACGGGUGAGAUCAGAAAGAACUGUGCCAUGGUAAACGGUUAGGAUUUCAGUUCAGUUUGAUUGCUGCUAGUGGUGUAAGAUUUGAAUUUUCAUGCCAUUUCCAGAUUUGUUUUCUGGUUUUGGUUCUGUGAGGCUUUGGACUAUGAAAAUCAGCUCAUUAUCAUUGUUAAUUUUAUUAUUUAAGUAAAUUAUGGUC